AAAUUGCUAUUGAUCCAGGAAACCAAGAGUAUAUACAUGCGUACAUACAGAUCCAUGUAAUCUGGAUAUAUAUAUAGAGAGAGAGAGAGAAGAUAGAGAGAGAGGGGGGAGAGGGAGGGAGGGGAUGGGGGAGGAGGAAUCAGUUAUGGACAAGGACGAAGAAACAUGGAACCAGAAAAAGCAAACCCUAAUUGACGAAGUUGCGGAAAAGCUCAUCGGCGGCGAUCUCGAUGCGAAGAUACAGGCCGCCAGAGACAUCAGGAAACUAGUAAGGAAAUCCCCGGUCAAGACUCGCUCCAAAUUCGCGGCGGCCGGAGUGAUCCAGCCCCUCGUGUCGAUGCUCCUCUCCCCAAACGUCGACGCCCGCGAAUCCUCUCUCCUCGCCCUCCUCAAUCUCGCCGUCAGAAACGAACGAAACAAGGUCAUGAUUGUAACAUUUGGUGCCAUCCCUCCUCUUGUUGAGCUCCUCAACUUCCAGAACAGCAGUUUACGAGAAUUAGCAGCUGCCGCAAUAUUAACCCUCUCAGCUGCUGCCCCCAACAAACCAACUAUAGCAUCUUCUGGGGCCGCUCCUCUUCUUGUUCAUCUCCUCAGCUCAGGCACUGUUCAAGGUAGAGUCGAUGCUGUCACAGCCCUCCACAACCUCUGCACUGGUUCAGAGGACCCCACUUUUAUCCUAAACGCUAGAGCGGUCCCUCCUCUCAUCAACCUUCUCAGAGAAUGCAAGAAAUACUCCAAGUUUGCUGAGAAAACCACAGCCCUACUCGAAAUACUUUCAAAAACUGAAGAUGGACGGUUAGCAAUAUCGAAUUUAGAAGGUGGGAUUUUGACUCUAGUGGAGACAGUUGAAGAUGGGUCUCUUGUAAGCACUGAGCAUGCAGUUGGGGCUUUACUCACAUUAUGCCAAAGCUGCCGAAACAAGUACCGCGAACUUAUACUCAAAGAAGGUGCAAUUCCAGGCCUUUUACGAUUAACAGCAGAGGGUACAACUGAAGCUCAGGAGAGAGCUCGCACGCUUUUGGACCUUCUUAGGGAUUCUCCGCCGGAAAAGCCAUUGACUUCUUCUGUUUUGGAAAGGAUUGUUUACGAUUUUGCAAAACGGGUGGAUGGAGCAGACAAAGCGGCUGAAACUGCUAAGAGGUUAUUGCAAGAUAUGGUUCACAGAAGUGUGGAGCUUAGCUUGAGCCAAAUCCAGCUGAGAGCAGGAUCUUGUACACCUUCAGAUAUUCCGUCUAUGUGAGGAAAAUGUUUAGGAGCUUUGAUCUAAACAUGCAUUGCUCUUGGUGCGUUUAAUCGUAAUCGUACGGUGGGGAAUGAUGAAUAUAAUUUAGUACUGAGGUAGAUGCUAAUGAGUAAUGACUGGUAUACAUCCUGGGUCUUUUGAGGUGAUUUUCUUGACCUCAUUGGGCAUUUGUAUAUCUUGAAUAUUAACAACUGAAUAUGUGAAAAUGUGUUUUAACAUGUACAAUUCAUUCCGAUUCUGGCUGUUGGAGAUGCAGCACAACUAAAGGAAGUUUAUGGUGAUGCAAAAGUGAAACUGUUGACAGA